AUAAGAUGGUUGUGAGAUAAACUUGUUAUUUCAUGUGUAAUUUAUUCAAGUGGGGGAAAUAACAUACCUAAGUUUACUGGUAUGUGUAUGAAAGGGGUUAGGUAGAUUUUAUAAAGUGGUUAGAGGUAGUUUUUGAAAUAUUACAGGAUGGAAACAUGGUGUUUUUUAGUUUGUUACUUAAGUUCAGCUGCCCUUGCGGGUAAAGACACAGAUGAAGAACUUGCACAUUACAUUAAGAAAGAGCCUUCAACAGAUAUGCCAUGGACCAGCAACGAGAUGAGAAUCAAUAAAAUGAUUGAAGAAGAAAUAAUCAAGUUCAAUUACGCCCCGGAAACAACGGAGAAUCCCAUAGAUAGUGAAGGAAGACCUCGCACCCCAGAGCCUAAAGAUCCAUUAUGGUGGAACGCCUACAGGCAAGAAAAAGACGGAGAUAGGCCUGACUGGAGCGCUGAGAUUCGAGAUUUGUUGAAAAAUCCACGAACUGCUCCACCUUGGACUCCUAGCCAAGAGUCCCAACCUGUUCUGUCCAAGUGGGUAGACAUCUCCCCCUUCACAUGGAAACCAGGAGUAAAAAUCAGCUGGACCAGACGUACGACCACAACUCCUGAUCCCAAUGCUGAACCGACCACUGAAAGGUCCAUAGUUCUGUCGUCUGCACACUGGGACACCGAGGAACAAGGCGGCGGCGGCGGCAAGGAACCGCCACUGAAUUUGGCACCAUUAAGAAAAGGAUAUAAAGAAGACAAUCAUUAUUUGCUGGUGAAAUCAAGAAAGAGACAUAGUAAAAUAACUGAAGAAAAACAAUCUCCAUUAAAAAAGAUAUUAAAAGGAUCAAGUACAGGUGCUGAAAAUAAACAAUUAAAACAAAAGGAAGUUAAACUGAGACAUAAAAGGAAGAGAAGAUUAAGGAAAAUUACAAUGAACCAUAACUUUGUUCAUUUGUAAACUAAUCUUGAAUAGCUUGGUAAUUUUGUG